UGUUAUUAAAGGGUCCUUCCACGAGGUGGAGACAAUCAAUUUUUUACGCAGGUACAACAUAAAUGAUAACACCGGUAAAAUAAGGGAAACAACUCUAUUUGGCAGUGUGACUAUCAAGGUUAAAAUGGCUUCCCUAAUCACUUUGCGAUUGUUCGGAGCCCCUUUAAGGAAAAAUCUUUCGAUUUGUCGAACUCUGCCUGUGAUCGCAAGCUUUUCUUCUUCCAAACGAUUGCAGCUGAAACAAAUUGUAUGUAAAACAGAAGGCAACGUGACAACUAUUGAAGGGGUUCGAAUCCCCUCACCUCGAAAGGAUAAUGUCAUCCCUGAGAAAUACUUCAGCAAACCAACUGCAUGUCCCUUGUGCCGACUAAACCUCAAAGUCAAAUACUCUGAUGUACUAAUUGUUAGUCAGUUUGUUGAUGCUUUUGGUAAACUGUUACCUCAGCAUGUGACCAAGCUAUGUAAUCGCCAACACAAACACAUGAACAUGCUUGUCAACUUUGCAACCAGAGCAGGUUUGCUUCGAAGCUUGGCUCCCCCCGGACCAGAUGGAAAACCAAACUAUAAACCUCCAUAUAAAUAUCUGAAAUACAACGUACAUUAUGAAAAACCUCUGAAGAAACAUUAAUUUUUUUCUCUUGUAAUAAAGUAUUUAUGAAUUUUUUA